AUGGCUUUUCAGAUUAUUAUCUUUAUGACCAAACCAGUUACAGUUUAUGGCACUGUAAAAAGAAGUGGAUCUAAAAAAAAGAACUUUCUGCUGCAAACUUCAGUUACCUUGUAUAUUUCAUUUACAAAGACAAACUUUGUGUACCAUGCCCUGCUAGUUAAUGGAAUUACAUACUUAUGUGCUACAAACAACACCUUAGACAGCACAGGACCAUUUGCCUUUCUUAAAGAGAUUUGCAAAGCUUUCAUUGGUAGCCCCUUGAUAUCGCAAGUGACCUUUGCUCAUCCAUUUGAAUUCAACGCAGAUUUUCAACAGGUGCUGGGGAAAUACAUGAUGGAGUACAAUAGGAAGUCAGAUGACAUUAUAAUUUCUACCCUGCAAAUUCAAGUUGAUGAUGUCAAAAAUGUUAUCACCCAAAAUGUUGAUAAGGUUUUGCAAAGAGCAGAAAAGCUGAGUGACCUUGCUGACAGAACAGAUGAUCUCCAAAUAGCGGCUCAUUCUUUCCAAAAAACCACCACAAAGAUUUCCAGGAAGAUGUGGUGGAAAAAUGCCAAAAUGAUGAUAAUUAUUGGAGUCAUUCUACUUAUUAUUUUAAUAUUUAUCAUUCUCCUAGCUACAGGUGUUAUUCCAACAUAA